AUGGUUUGGUUGGAUAUUGAUUGUGUCCAUGUGAUGGCUAGGAUUGAGGCAAUUGGAUCAUCCUUGAAUGACCAACCAUUGGAGGAAGCAAUAGAGCUUGUCUUCUUCGUCGUCGCCGCGUCGCGCCUGGUGGUGUUCUUCGUCGCCGCCGCGUUGCUCCAAAUGGCUUCCACUGAACCCGAAAAAACACCAUCAUCACAAGAUGUAUCGUCUCAAUUUUCAUCCCAGCCGCAUUAUAGAGGAAAAGUUAAUCCAAGUUGGACUCAUUGUAAGCAGGUUAUGGAGCAAGGGAAAAUUGUGAAUAUGUGUCUUCAUUGUAAUAAGAUUAUUAGGGGAGGUGGGAUAAAUCGGUUGAAGUUUCAUUUGGCUGGAGAAAAAGGGCAAGUUGAAGCAUGUAAGAAAGUUCCAGCUGAGAUUCGUGCUCAGAUGAAGCAAAAUAUUGAUGAAAACAAGAAAAAGAAAAGAAAAGUUCAAGAGCAAGAUCACGAAGGUGGUGAACAUGUUGAUGACUUGAGAAUAACAAAUGAUCAAGUGCAACAAAUUGCAAAUUUAUCAAGGAAAUCACCUCUUAUUUCUGAAAAGGGGAAGAGUAUCAAUUCCUCGGGUUCUUAUUUUAUCCCAAGAACAACUCCUGGAGCUCAACCGACUUUAAAAAGUGUGUUACAAAGCAAAGAAGUGAUUCGGAAAGCUCACCUUGCUAUAUCAAAAUGGAUGGUUCAUGCGCGUCUCCCAUUUAAUGCAGCCAACUCACCUUAUUUUCAAGAAAUGUUUGAUGCUGUAUGUAGCUUAGGUGCAGGAUUUAAAGCUCCAUCAUAUCACAUGCUACGUGGUGAUUUGCUAAAUAGCCAAGUUGAUGAGGUGAAGAAACUUCUUGAGAGCUAUAGAGCUGUUUGGAAGCAUACUGGAUGCACUAUUAUGGCAGAUGGAUGGACUUAUCGUUGUAGGCGCACUCUUAUUAAUUUUCUGGUUUAUUGCCCAAAAGGAACAUUUUUUGUGAAAUCUGUUGAUGCUUCUCAUGCAUCUAAAACUGCAGAAUUAUUAUACCAGCUUUUUAAAGAAAUAAUUUUGUUUGUUGGGCCAGACAAUGUUGUUCAAAUUGUGACUGAUAAUGCUGCUUGCUGGGAGGUUAUUAGAGGCUGA